GCCAGGCCGCGUCCGUCCUGCAGGGGCGCUGCGUGCCCUCAGGCCUGCGCCGUGUCAGCGGGAAGCCCGCCCACCCCGCAGCCCUGGGCCGCUGCCCGCUGAAAAGGACCUGCGCAGCACCGCGGCGCGGCAGAGGGGGCUCUCCACGGGGUAGAAAACACCGACUGCCGCUCCGAGUCUUCACCAACUACAAUGACAGCGACUGUUAUUUCUCCUUUCCUGCAAUACAGAGAAGUCUCCGACCAGAACAACAAGAUGUUGAACUACGGCAGCAACAUCGGUCUUGGUGGACCUCAGCUGACGUCUGUCCAGUGUUCCGGUGCCAGCCUCUCCCCCUGCAGCCCCACUGCGUCUCUGCCGGACAGGAAGGCGGUGGGGGCCCCUUCUGCAGGAGGCCUGUUCCAACGUCGUCACUCGGUCAGCCUCCCCAGCACAAAGCUCAGCCAGAAUCAGUUUGUCAACAGCCUUAAAACGGAUCCCUCGGUGGUGUUGGGUAGCAGCUGCGGCGGCAACAACAAGGAGAACCGUUUCCGUGAGCGCUCGUACUCAGAGCUGGGGGACAGGCUGCGUCCCGGCAGUCUGGCGUGUGCGGGUGGAAGCAGCCAAGUCAACUCCAGCCGCUACAAAACGGAGUUGUGCCGGCCCUUCGAGGAGAACGGCACCUGCAAGUACGGCGAUAAGUGCCAGUUCGCCCACGGCAUGCACGAGCUGCGCAGCCUGAGCCGUCACCCGAAGUACAAGACGGAGCUGUGCCGCACCUUCCACACCAUCGGUUUCUGCCCGUACGGCCCCCGCUGCCACUUCAUCCACAACGCAGAGGAGCGCCGGGGGCCCCCUCCCCUCUCUGCCUUCAACAAGCUGGAGCGCCCUCGGCUGCAGCACAGCUGCAGCUUCGCCGGCUUUCCCAGCUCCGGCGGCCCGCAGGACAACCCCACCUCGGUCACACCUCCACCCGCGUUCUCCAUCGAAGACCUGACGGAGUGGAAGAGCAACCCCUUCACCUACUCCAGACAGGAGCUCGCCCUCCUUUUCGGCCCGAGCUUGGUGCCCCCACCUGUGUCUGAGCCUCAAGGUCUGGCCCCACCUUCCCCAACCGCCCCCGGCAUUUUUCAGUCCACAUCAGAGAGCCCCCCAAGCCCCCCGGACUCACUGUCUGACCAGGAGGGAUAUCAGAGCAGCAUGGGUAGUCAGAGCGGCUCUGAGUCCCCCCUCUUGGAUGCCUCCCGCCGCCUCCCCAUCUUCAGCAGGCUCUCGGUCUCCGAUGAUUAAGGUCGAGGUUCUGUCGCAGUCUGAAGACACAAACGCACUGGGAGUGUCAAAGUCGGUGCCCCAGUUCGUGCUAGAGGCAUAACUACAAACCUUGUCUUUUCAGCGAGAGGGUGACAUUCUGCCGCUGCCGUGGUCAAGUUCGAAUGAUGAAAAAAGCUAAUAGAGUCAUUGCAAAUUAAUCAGAUAACUAAGCUAGUGGCGUAUAGUUGCUGAAGGUGUGGACAAAGUAUGAAUGCACUCAGGGUGCAGGUGGUGCGGGUUUAACAGGGUUCUUACAGCCAAAGUACACAACAUCCAGUUCUGUGGAAGCUGCCGGAGAUGAUACGCUGCCGUGCGUAAGUGCGUGCGUGCGUGCGUGCCAGUGUUUGUUUACCGGCCCCGUGCCUGGAGCAGCUCCCCUGCUUCUCUUUUCCCCUCUUCACUGUCCUUACACACAGGGUGUAGUUUUGCCAGAGCAGCUCAUGCCUCUAAAGUGUGAAAUCCACUGUGAAUGUACAUAAAUGCCUGUAUUUAUUAAGUUAAUCUUCAUUUUAAGGCCUUUCAACCAUGUUUGGAAAUUGCACCGAGCUGUUGGGGGAAAAGAGUUUUGUAUUCUUUAGAUACACAGAACAACACAUUCAGUGGUUUUAGACCAGAACUAGUUUUCUACAGAGCAUCUGCACAAAUAUGUAACAACCGGAUAUUCAAAAGUGACAAUAUUGCUAUUGAUCUACUGAGAUAGAUUGAGUUCAGAGGGUGUUAUGACCCCAGAGGUUUGGAACAGAACUUGCGUAGGAACCCUGUUAGCGUCUCCCACCUGCACUCCGCAAAAGAUCCAAUUUCCAGAUCAAACAGCUGCAUGUUGACCGUAGCUUCCAGUGCAUCCAGGCCUCUCAUCUCAGAAGCCCAGCUGCAGUUCUGGGUAGCAUCUCCUUUCGUUCUCGACGGUGCGGACUGCUUCUGGAGGAGUCCUGUCCUCAUAUCGGUGUCUUUUCCUCCGAUGAAUUCUCACUUGGUAAUCAGUCACUCAAUCAGUUUGGAUGAAAAAAACAAAAAAAUUUUAAGCUCUUACUUUGAAAAGAUGAUAGAAGCAUGCCUGUUCCAUAGUGUCACGCACAGACUUCCUAGCACUUUGAGUCAUGACGAUCAUGACGAUGUAAAGGUUAUUUUUGACCACUUUUUUUCAAUGAAGUGCCUAUAAAUACAUUCCAGGUUUCCCAAAUGUUGUGCCUUCAUAUGUUUCUGUGACCGAGCAGGUAAAAGCCUUAAAUGUAUUCCUGUAGGUUCGAGGUGAACAGGACCGACACAUGUAAAGCAACUGUUGAAUGUAUUCUACAGCAGCCGUUGCUGUCACCACAGUAAUUACUUUGUUUAUGGUUUAUUUUGUAAUGAAAGAUUGCAGUUAAAACCAAUAAAACAUGUCUUUAUAAUGAG